GCUGGGCAGGGGCAGACCCUAACAGAGCUCUGGUGGGCGGAGGGAACGCAGUGUGAUCUUGAGAGCUGGGUGGCAGCUGUCACUUCAGAACAGGUGGUUUUUCUGAAGGCCAUGGAACCCUCUGCAGAGCCCAGGAUGCCUUUGCCCAAAUACUGCAGUGUGGCCGCAACCCUGAAGUCCCCCUCCUGGGCUGGUGCUGCUCCCUGCUGGGACUUCUUCACCUGCCCCUUUGCUGUCCAGGCGCCCUGGCUCGGCUGGCACAUCCCCCUCACCAGAUAUGCAUCUUACCACCCGUGUCUCCACAUUGUUGACUCAGCAUGGCAGAGGCCUGGCUGGUUGGGAAGAGUUGGAGAUGCUGCUGACACAUGGGUCCUGGCAAGAAGGGGACCAGAUGGCUUUUAUUACUGGGCUCAGAUAAAGGCUGCUCCGGAGCUGGAGAGGCAGGGGGCCCUGCUUGUGGAAUUUGAGGUUCCCAUUGUCACAGACCCACAGCUGCCAGCCCAGCGGCAGAGCGUGGUCUUAGAAGAAGAUGUCAUUCGGUUCUUGCCAUGCGUAGAAUACUCACCUCGGCCAGGGGACAAGGUGCUUGCACCCUGGGAGCCAGACCAGCAGCGGUAUGGCCCUGGCACGGUUCUCUUGGGCUUGGAGCCAGGAGACCCCCUGAGAGCAUCAAAAGAGGGAGGAAUUACUGUUCACUUCUGGAAUGGCAAGAUAGCCACUGUGCCUCUGGGCCGGGUCAGGUGGGUGCCCCCAGCUGUGUGGAAGAAAGCUGUGGAGAGGCUGCACAAGCCAUUAACCAGGGAGCACCCCGGUCCCCUCUUCUGGGCCCCUUGCUGCUCUCUGCUGGGACCGGUCGCUGGAUGUGUCAUCAGCAGGCCGCCUCCGGGCACUCUGUUCCUGUGCCCGCCCUACCUCCCCCACGCCUGCUGCCAGCUGCUGUGCCAGACCUGCCUCUGCUGCUGUCCUUGGGCAGGACCCACCUGGUGGCCUCUAGCCAGGACCUCAGGGGCCACAGCCAGAGAACAUCCAGAAGUGGAAGUGAAGCCCACAGCACAACUUCUGCCCCUGGAGAGUCCUGAAGAAGAGGAAGUAGUAGCAGUGGAAGCUCCCAUGGGUGUUUCUUCCUCUUCUUCCUCUUCUUCUUCUGAGGAAGAGGAUUUGGAGAAUGAUCUGGAGCUGGGGUUCCCGCAGAGUCUGGAGGUGGAUAGCACAGUCAACAUGGACCCCAUCCUUUUUGAGAAGUCUCUGAGGAGGCAGGGUGGCCUCUGCCAGCCCGAGUGGAGGUAUUGGAGGAGAACCGGAUGUGAGCCGAGUCCUGGGAAGCCAGGAACAAGACGUGGCAACAUCUGGACAGAAGAGAGGGGCGGCAAACACAGAGCACGAACCCUAGCGGAGGGGAGGACCCAGGGGCUGGUCCUGGAAGCAAGCGGCAUGAAGCCACCACGGAGCCUGCCAGAGAAGGCGGAACACAGAAAAUGGAGUCAGGGUACGGUAACACACCGCAGGGACGGGAAUGCCCCUCCGACGGAAAGCCCUGAGGAGCCAGGAAGCUAAAAGAGUAGUGGAAGUAAAUACCCAAAGAGGCGUUACAAAGUGGCUGACAAGUCCUCCUUCAAUGCACAGAGUGCGGGCCUCAGGUGACAGCCCAAUAAGCAUCAGCAUCUUCACCUGUUAAGGUUUACCGGCAGCCGAGUGGCAGAAGGCACCUGCCGCAGGGGCACAGCGGUGUGGCAGCCAUGACCAGGGCCCCUGCCGGGAACCGGGGAGACUGCUCAAGGAUACCUUCCACAGAAGGUGCAGGGGGUGACUGGCCUGCUUUGGACAAAUGUGUCCACAUCGUUUCAUAAGCCUACAGCUGUGCGUGAGCAACACUGUUUCGCCUCUUAAUACCAAUAAAAAGGAAUUCCAAAUCUC